CUCAGGACACGCAGCCUUCUCCACCCCUUCCCGGGCGAUUUCGCUUCCGAGAGGGUUGUUGCACCGGACGCGGGCAUUUUGAGUUGCCGUGUGCGUGGUCCGCUCUCCGGCCUGGGAAACACGGCCUGCUGCAAGCGUGUCCCCGGCCCCCACGAGCCGACCGCCCGCUCCUCGAGCCUCGUUAUAAAAAGCGGCUUUCGAAGUCGGCCCGGCUACAAUCCGCUGCCGAGCUCUCCAGACAGCUGACACCGCCACCAACAUGAGCCGCCUGCUGCCCUUCGCUGCCUUCUUCGCCCUCCUGGGUCUAGCCCUGGCUGCCCCGGCCGAGGAAGUAGCUCCACCCGCUGAGGUUCCUGCUGAAGAGGCCAAGCCCGCCCCAGAAGGCGAGAAGCCUCUUGAGGGACGCACGGGCUUCUACCCGGGCUAUGGCGUUGGGGCCUACGGUUCUGGCUUCAACCGCGGUGGAAGCUUUGGCCUGGGUGGCUACGGAAACACUCACGGGCAGGGUGCCUUUGGCUACAAUUACGGAGGCACCAACCGCCGCGACUACGGCAACGUGCAGACCUACGGAGAUCGCGAGGCCUUCGGUGUUGCCCAGAACGCCGGCGCAAACCGCCGCUACGGACAGGGCAGCUCCGGAAACGCCUACAACAACCAGGCCCAUGGAGCAGGAGCCAAUAGCUACGGCUUGGGAUACCAGGCAGGCUACCUCGGCUAUGAGAUUCUAGUUUUAUCGUGUCUGCUUCCCCUGUGCCUCCUUGUGCUUGCCGAAGACAAGCCAGCCGAAGACAAGCCAGCCGAAGUCAAGCCAGCCGCUGAGAAACCAGCUGAAACAACAACAGUGGCAUCCGCUGGCGAUGACAAGAAGGAAGGAGAUGAGAAGAUCGAAGGUCGCGGGCUCUUCCUGAGCGGCGGCGGGCUCGGCGGUGGCCUCGGCGGCUGCCCGCCAUGCCCUUGUGGCUACGGACCGGGAGUGGGCGGCGGAUAUGGUGGAGCAGGCUACGGUUCCGGCUUGGGUGGUAGCUACGGUGCCGGAGGAGGUUCCUACGGAGGAGGUUACGGCGGAGGCUACCGCGGUGGCUACGGUGGUUCCUAUGGAGGUGGCUACGGUGGAGGCGUUCGUCCAGGUGUAGGCAUCGGAGGCGCUAGUUACGGUGGAGGCGUUCGUCCGGGUGUGGGCAUUGGAGGCGCUGGUUACGGAGGUGGAGUCGGUCCUGGCUACGGAGGAGGAGUCGGUCCCGGUGUUGGUGUUGGUCCUGGCAUCGGCAAGGGUGUCGUUGGAGGACCUGUUGGUCCUGUUGGUGGUCCUGGUGUGGGCGUCGGUCCUGGUAUCGGUAAGGGAGUAGUCGGAGGACCCGUUGGAGGACCCGUCGGAGGACCUGUUGGAGGUGCUCUCGGUGUUGGUCCCGGAGUCGGUGGCGUUGGCGGACCCGGCGUGGGUGUUGGACCGGGAGUUGGCGGAAUCGGCGGAGGCUACGGAGGCUACGGAGGCGGCGUCGGUGGUGCGGCUGCUGCGAGUUCGGGCUAUGAGAGUGCCGGAGGUUUCGCUAAUAAGGCCGCUGGGCAGGAAGCCGGCCAGGGAAGCUUUGCCUACAAUCUUGGAGGCUCGGACAAGAAGGUCUUCGGGCAGAGCUCGUCCUACGGAGAUUCGAAAAGCUUCGGCCUGAGUGAAAGCGAGGGCUUCAACCGCGGCGAAGGUCAGUCAAGCCAUGGUAGUGCCUUCGGCAAAGAGGCUGCCGGGUCUGGAUCUGUGUCCCAAAGUUCUGGAAAGGAGGUGGUCGUCGGCUGAAAUAUUUUUAUGGAUGGCUGUUUGUGUGCUGGUCGCCAACGCAGUUUUCCAUUAGUACAAUGAAGCUCGCAACUAUAUUCAGCCUGUGCCAUAGUCUUCGGAGCUUCGUGCAGUAAGAUGCGGAACCUCUACACUACACACUAAUUAAUAAAACGGUACCACUUCGAAGAACUACGACGCAAUAUAUAUUUUGUUUCCUCAAUGGGAAUACCCACAUAUGCCAAACAUUGCAGAAGCGAGUGCCAAAAAACGAAGCGAUCCUGCACGGAAGUAUCUGCAAUAAAGGUAUCUUCAUAAAGUUCGA